CCUCCAGUAUUUAAAAGCAAUGAAGAUUGUGACAGAAUGCUUAAUGAGUAUAUAGCUCACGUGACCUUCCUUUACAAUGUAGCUUGGAAAUUCUAUCCUGGCUGCUAUUAUUGAUCUUUGCACGGAGGUCAUCUGGCGAUACAUUUCCUUGACGUCCGGCGAGUGUUAUGCUUUGUAUGUAAAGUUAUUCCUGUUCAAACCAUGUCACUGCGAUAUCCAGCAAGUCACAACACCAAGAGCACUGCUGACGAUGUUUGUAGGCCCCGCACAAGAUAGAGAAUGUGGUUGUAACGAGAGAUUACUUAUUGUCUUACCAGUACAGUGUUUGCAAGCGGCUGUGUAAAGAACUAUAAAUGUCUGGGAGUGGCGUGCGUGUGUGUAAGGAGUCGUGUCCAGCGGUGUGUCAGGAAGGAAAGAACCGUGCGAUGUGAAUUGUAAUUUUGGUGGCCUCUUUUCUUUUUUUCCUUUUCCUUUGUUGUUGUUGUUAUUGUUGUUCAUCGUUUCCAUCAUCUUCUUUACAACUGUUCUUGCUUUAUCUCAGAGUCUUUGCCGUGGUGGCAGUGGUCAUCAUCUUCUUCAUGGUGGUGCUGGUCAACCAACUGGACAUUAAGUCCAUCCCUCUAGCCGAACUCCCACGAUCCUUACACUUCCUUCCCACAUCCACUAAAAGCUCUGGCAGUGUCCCUCCCUCGGGCUGCAAGUGUUCCAGGGCGUGGCGUGUUCCAGAUUGGAUAACGUCGUUCAUGAACAUCUCCGUGCCUUUGACCAACGCCACCACCGCCCAGGAGUUGAAGGACCGACACCCGAACCUGGCUAUAGAGUUGUUGUUCGGUGCCAAGGCUAGCAAGUCGCAGUGCUCCCUGCUCCCGAACAUCAAAAGCAUUGACUGGGAUAACACACUCUGGCAGCGAGCGACUCUUGAUACCAACGAGAGGUUUUUGUUGUAUUCCGCCUUUUUGGAUCCAGGAACAGACGGCAGGGCGUCCCUCAGGCUACUGGGCGUGUCGAGAAGCAAGGCUCCUCCUCUUGCCUGGUGCCACAUUUGGUUCAGCUCAGACGCGCCGCCGCUGCCUGUCAGAGUUACUAGCAUGGACUUCCUAGACUACCAGAACAGAAACAGUGACCGCCAGAUGCCGUACCUGCUGAGCUGUGCCCUGCCCCCAGACACCAGCCACGGAGUGCCCCUCGCUGUCUCGCUUGUCUCUGAGCCCUGUGCGCCAGCCAGCAAUCUGCUCAAGGUGAUCGGUGCCAGGGAGCGUCUUGUGUCUGCCUACAGGUCUCACGUGGCGCCUCGCAACCCCAUCACGCGGGUGCGUGGGUGGGCGGCGGCGGUGUGCGGGCCGGCGUUGUUCUACUACCACGAGGACUUCUCGCUUCGCCUGGUGGAGUGGUUGGAGCUGCUGAGGGCGCAGGGCUUCAGCCAGGUGUUCCUCUACGUGACUGAUGUGCACCCAAACAUCAGCAAGGUGUUGCGUCACUACACGCAGGAAGGCUUCGUGCAGGUCACUGAUUACACCUACCCGCCGCCCUACGUCAACGAUCCCAACCUCAGGAGGCUAUGGACUCUGAUGGAACGGGAUAAGAUGUUUGCCCAGGAGAACGUGUACUUCACUGACUGUGUUCUGCGCCACAUGCACCAGUAUCGCUUUCUUGCCCACUUUGACCCGGACGAGGUGCCCAUCCUGCCCCGCCACGACAACUUCACCCACUUCCUCGAUGACCUCAUUGCAAGCAUAAGAGGAAAGGCACCUGCGGGGUUCAGACUGCAGUGGAAUUACUUCUACAACAACAUUGGGCCGGGAAGGGAGGCUGCAGACCUGCCAGAUUCCCUGUGGGCACUGCGUCACACUCAUCGUCAGGCGGAGCACAUGAAAAGGCCCCUCCCAGGAAAUUUCAAACCCAUCUUCGAUAUGAAUGCUGUGAGGGGUGUCUUCUCUCACGGGCCGGUGCUGUGUACGAAAGGUCGGUGUAAUCCUAAUAACUUGAGGAAUGUACCCCCCGAGGAAGCUUUUCUGGGACACUUCAAGCUGAACUGUGAUGGGCAAUGCAACCAAACCCUCGCCUCUGACCCCACGCUACUCAAGUACAGGAAACAAGUCACCACCAGGGCGCUCAAGGUGAUGGCCACGCUGAACUUGGUGUAGGGUAGUGGUGCAAUGCAAUGUAAUGUAAUGUAAUGUAGUGUAGCGUAGCGUGGUAGUUUAUCUAAUGUAGUGUGGUUGUGGUUUGUGGCUGAUUUCAUUCAUUAAACAUGAGCUCUCUACUGCCUUAUAGUCUGAUCUUAUGUAGUAACUCUUAA